CAUAUGUCCUCAUUAAAGAAUAUCCUUUAUUGCCAAGCUGGACUUGGAGUUCUAGCCAAUAUGUUUCUCCUUUGUUUCUAUACUUCCAUAAUCCUAUGUCGCAGUCCGAAGCCCAUGGAUCUGAUUUCCUGCCAACUGACCUUCAUUCACAUAACGUUUUUGCUCACUGGAGGGGAUAUUUGGCUUACAGACAUACUUGAGUCACUGAACAUUGAGAAUGAUUUGAAGUGUAAGACAAUUUUUUACACAAGUAGGGUGAUGAGAGGCCUUUCUAUCUGCAUCACCUGCCUCCUGAGUGUGAUCCAAGGAGUCAUUAUCAGUCCUCAUACCUCACUGCUGGCAAAAUUUAAACAGAAAAUAAAAAUAUACAUGAUCAAUGCUUUUUUCUAUAUUUGGUUUUUCAAUUUUUCAAUCAAUAGUCACAUGAUCUUCUAUAUUAGUGGUUUUAACAAUGUGAGUGAAACCAACCAGUUGAAAGUCACUAAAUCCUGCUCACUACUCCCCAUGAACUACAUCAUCAGGGGAUUGAUUUUAACACUGACAACCUCCAGAGAUGUGUUUCUUGUAGGAGUCAUGCUGAUCACAAAUGCAUAUACGGCGAUUAUCUUGUUCAGACACCAGAAACACUGCAAGUAUCUUCAUAGCGACAACCACCUGAGAGCAUCUCCUGAGAAAAGAGCCACCCAGACUAUCUUGCUACUGGUGAUUUUCUUUAUGGUCAUUUACUGUGUGGACUUCAUCAUCUCAUCCACCUCACUCUUGUUAUGGUUGUAUGACACAGUUAUCCUGACUGUUCAGAAGUUUGUGAUGAAUGCCUAUCUCACAAUUAUUCCUUUGGUACAAAUCAAUUCUGAUAAAAGAAUAAUCAAUGUGUUGAAAAACUUGCAGUCAAAGUGCCACCAGAUUUUCUAA